AUGGCUACCCGGGGGUCUCUGGAAGAAUUCGACCCCACCAAACCGGGCGGCUGGAAGAGCUACGCGAGCCGGCUGGCCUUCUACCUCGACGCCAACGAUAUCACCGAUGUCGGGAAGAAGCGCUCCGCCUUCCUCAGCGUGUGCGGGGCCCAGACCUUCGACCUCGCUCAGUCCCUGCUGGCUCCCGCCGAACUGGAGGAGAUGCCAUUUCCGGCGAUCAUGGCGGCGCUGGGGAGCCAUUUCAACCCCCAGCCAACUCGGGCCACUCGCCGCUUGGCGUUCCACCUGCGCGACCAGGGACCAGGGGAAUCGGCAGCUGCAUACAUUGCCGCUCUACGCACGGCCGCCCGUUCCUGCGACGUCUCCCUCCACAAGGUGCACGGGGCAGACAAGGUCGCCAUCGUCGUUAAGAUCGGCGGUGCGCCUUGCGAGAUGGAAGUGGACUCCGGGUCGGCUCUCUCCAUUAUAUCGAUGGACACGUACCGCGACCUGGGCCGUCGCUCUGCCUCCCUCCCCGAGCUGCGUCCAUCCCGCGUCACCAUUUGGGACUAUCAGCGGCGCCGGGUGCCGGUCCGGGGGGAGGCCCGCGUACCCGUUCAAUUCCGGGCCCGUUCCGGGUGCCUCCGCCUCAUCGUGGUCGAGGGGCCUCGCGCGAGCCUCCUGGGGCUCGACUGGUUUCCGGCGCUCGGCCUUCACAUCGGCGGCAUCCACCACAUCAGCCAGGCCGCCCUCAACGACGUUUGGGCGGAGUUUGAGGACGUGUGGAAGGGCCCACUGGGCUGCUACAAGGGGCCGCCGGUCCGCCUGCACGUCGACCCCGCCGCUGCACCCAUCCGCCUCAAGCCUCGCCGCGUCCCCUUCGCCCUCAAGCCCCGGAUCGACGCGGAGCUUGACCGUCUCGUCGCUCAGGGGGUACUGGUACCGGUCCCCAACGCCCCCUGGGAGACCCCAAUUGUGACGCCGCUCAAGCCCAACGGGGACGUCCGCAUCUGCGCGGACUACAAAUGUACUAUUAAUACUGCGCUGCGGCCGCACGCCUACCCCGUGCCCGUUGUCAGCCACCUCCUGGCCUCCCUUGCUGGGGGUCAGGUGUUUGCCAAACUGGACCUCGCUCAGGCUUACCAGCAGCUGCCCGUGGACCCCGAGUCGGCUGAGGCGCAGACGAUUGUCACUCACCGGGGUGCCUUCCGGGUGACGCGCCUACAGUUCGGGGUCAGCACGGCCCCGGGCAUCUUCCAGAAUUUGAUGGAAGACCUCCUGAAGGGCUUGCCUGGCGUCGUCCCGUACUUCGAUGACGUCUUGAUUGCCGCAAGCUCCGAGGACGAGCUCCUGGAUCGCGUCCGCCGGGUGCUCCGCUGUUUCCGAGAUGCCGGGUUGACAGUCAAGCGAGAGAAGUGCCAGCUGGGCCUGCCGCAGGUGGAGUUCCUGGGCUACUUGAUCGACGCAGAGGGCAUCCAUCCCACGCCCGACAAGAUCAAGGCGAUCCACAACGCCCCGCCGCCCCAAAGCAAACAGGAACUCCAGUCGUUCCUCGGCCUGCUGAACUUUUACCACGCCUUCCUCCCUAACAAGGCGUCGGUUGCCGAGCCGCUCCACCGGCUCUUGGACAAAUCCUCCCCGUGGGCGUGGGGUAAGUCGCAUCAACGGGCGUUCGAGGCUACCAAAGACCUCCUGUCUCCCUCCAGCUUGCUCGUCCAUUUCGAUGAGAAGCUUCCCGUUGUGUUAACAUGCGAUGCCUCGCCCUACGGUGUCGGAGCGGUUCUGAGCCACCAGCUGCCAGGCGGUCGGGAGGCCCCGAUUGCCUUCUACUCCCGGACCCUCUCCGCUGCAGAGAGGAACUACGCGCAAAUCGACCGGGAGGCGCUCGCCGUCGUGGCCGGCGUGAAGAAGUUCCACGACUACGUUUAUGGCCGCCCCUUCUCCAUCAUCACCGACCACAAGCCACUUUUGGGGUUGUUCGUGCCGGAUCGUCAGACACCACAAAUCCUGUCCCCCCGCAUGCUCCGGUGGUCGAUUUUUCUCAACGCCUACGACUUCCGGCUACUGCACCGCCCCGGGUCCAGCAUCGCGAACGCCGACGCACUCAGCCGUUUGCCGCUCAAGGACUCCGACCCGGACCCGUCCCCGGCCUACAACGUCAUGCUGCUGGAGACCCUGCCUGAACCGCCUUUGCAUGCCUCGGACAUUGCGGCUCACACUGCGAAGGACCGCACCCUCGCCCGCGUUUUGAACUGGGUGGGGAAGGGGUGGCCGGCGGCCAGGCCGGAGGGCGAAUUCAAGCCCUUUUUCACGCGGCAGCAUGAACUCUCGCUGAACAAGGGGUGUCUGCUCUGGGGGAACCGCGUCGUGGUUCCAGCCAAACUGCGCACCAAGGUCCUGGACGCCCUGCAUGCCUGCCACCCAGGCAUAGUGCGCAUGAAGGCCCUGUGGCUGGAGGUUUCUGAUGUAUGCUCUAUGACCUCGCGAGUGGUGGUUCGAGAACUGCGGAAGCUUUUUGCCACCCAUGGGUUGCCAGACACGGUGGUCUCCGACAACGGGGCCCAAUUCACGUCCGCGGAGUUCCAAGAGUUCCUGGCCAAAAAUGGAAUCCGCCACACGACCUCGGCCCCGUUCCACCCUGCCACUAACGGACAGGCAGAGAGAAUGGUCCGCACGACCAAGGAAGCGAUGCGGCGCAUUGAGCGCAACGACUGGGACAGGGGGCUGGCAGAAUUCCUCCUGUACCAGCACACCACGCCCAACUCCACCACCGGAAAAAGCCCCGCGGAGCUCCUCAUGGGCCGCCGGCCAAAAACGCCACUUGACCGGCUACACCCCGACCUUGCGCCAGAACGCCCUCGCCACCGAGAAGAACCAGCAACCCCACGGGUCGUGGAGCAGGAUGCCCCCGUCUAUGCCCGUAACUAUGGAAUGGGCCCAGCCUGGAUUCCGGCUACCGUGCAGGACGCAACCGGCCCAGUAUCCUAUCGGGUUGCCACCCCCGAGGGUCGAGUCCUCCGGCGACACAUCGAUCAGCUGCGCCGCCGACUGGCUGACGAGCCCGACCGCGCCGCUGCCACAGAAGCUCCAGAGCUUCCCAGAGUGCCGGAACAAGCCACCCCAGGGGAGAGCGAGCCGAGCGAGGAGCGCCUGUCUGCCGGCAUGCACAGAGAGCUCCUGGAAGCCGUUUCUCCCACCUCCUGCGACCCCGGGCCGACUGCUGCCACAGACGCGGCCCCACCACCCACAACACCAGUUCUGGUACCGCGUAGGUCGCAGCGGUUACAAACACGACCCCGCCACCUGAAAGACUUUGUGUGCUCGUGA